AGAGAGAGAGAGAGAGAGAGAGAGAGAGAGAGCAAUGGAUUACUCCUCGAUGCUUCCAUGGACUUUGAUAGUGUUGGCAUGCAUUCAUGUUCUCUUACUUGUAAGAAAGAGAGUAUCUUCAAAAGGCAAGCUCCCACCAGGUCCCUUCCCACUUCCCAUUGUAGGAAACCUCCUCAAACUCAGCAGCAAAGCCAACGAGUCAUUCGCUCAGCUCGCCAAGACAUAUGGCCCACUAAUGACACUUAAGCUUGGCUCCGUAACUACAAUUGUGGUUUCAUCAUCGAUCAUGGCCAAAGAGGUCCUUCAGAAGAAUGCUCAAUCCUUCGCCGGUCGAACUACUCCUGCUGCCUUCGAUGGAGUUAGAUCCUACAGGUCAUCCUCUAUCGCAGGGCCACCGCCGACCACGCAUUGGAAAAAGAUACGGACGAUAUGCAACACACAAAUGUUCACAUCGGCAAGGCUAACAGCCAACCAAGGCCUUCGACGCAAUAAAGUACAAGAUCUAGUAUCUUACGUACAUGAGCAUAGCCUAGCAGGACAACCGGUCGAUAUUGGCCAAGCCACCUUCACAGCUUCGCUCAACUUGAUAUAUAAUACUGUCUUCUCUGUUGAUUUGGUUGAUCCCAAUUCCGAUUCUGCACAAGAAUUCAAGGAUAUAGUGUGGGAAAUUAUGAAAGAAAGUGGAAGCCCGAAUCUUUCAGAUUUUUUCCCAGUUCUAAGGCCGAUCGAUCCACAAAGCAUCAGACGUCGCACGACUGCUUAUGUAAAUAAAUUAUUUACGAUCUUCGACCGAAUGAUUGCCGAACGAAGAUUAUCUAGAUCUACCUCAUCUGAUUUUCAUAGAAGAAAUGACUUCCUCGAUGUCCUUCUCGAUCAGGAGGAUGACGUCGAAUUUGCCAACCAUGAUAUGAAGCCGUUGCUUUUGGAUCUAUUUAUUGCUGGAAGUGAGACAAGCUCAACUACCGUAGAAUGGGCCAUGGCGGAGUUGCUCCGAAACCCAGAUUGCAUGGAGAAGGCUCGAUUGGAACUCAUGAAGACAAUUGGCUCAGGAAAACAAGUGGAAGAGUCAGACACUGCCCAUCUCCCAUAUCUACAAGCCAUCGUGAAGGAGACCUUGCGUUUGCAUCCACCAGUUCCACUCAUUUUUCGCGAAACUACAACCGAUGUGGAAAUAAGUGGUUUUGCCAUACCCAAGAACACUACGGUUAUUGUGAAUGUGUGGGCUAUAGGGAGAGAUCCCGACAUUUGGAAAGACCCAUCUUCCUUCUUGCCAGAAAGGUUCUUGGGCAGUGACAUUGACUUCAAAGGUCAAGAUUUCGAGUUUAUACCGUUUGGAUCAGGCCGGAGGAUUUGCCCAGGCUUGCCACUUGCAUUUAGGACUGUCCAUCUAAUGUUGGCCUCUCUUCUCCAUUCGUUCAACUGGAAACUUCCCAAUGGAAUGAUGCCAUCCGAUAUGGACAUGAGCUCUAAGUUCGGCAUCACCAUGCAAUUAGCUUCCCCUCUUCGAGCUAUCCCUAUGUUAGAUGGCUAACAUUGCCUAGAUUAGCAAGUCUUGUUUCAUUUCUGUUUGUCACCACAUUUGUGGUUAAGUACAUGAAAUUUGGACCAUAAAUCUUAUAACCUUUUGUUCAACUUUGAUUCUGCACCUUUGAUUUGGGUUAUAUUUUCUUGUAGGCAGUGAUUCUAAAGCCCUACAACUAGUAGGGAGCAACUUAUAUGAUAGAGGGAAUCUGUCAUGCUGGUUUGAUUAUGUGUCCAAUACAAUGAGUUUCGUUGUUGAA